AAAAAGAGGAAAGAAAUGAAAUUUCCCACGAAGGGAUGGCCAUGGUUUUAGUACGGUGUUGUUUAUGUUGUUUCGAUCUUACGCUAGGAUCACCUUUUGCUUGCGCUCGGUGUCAAUGAUCUAGGCACACGCAAUUGCGUCGUGCAACCGCGGUAACUUUCGAAUGCCUUUGCACGUUCCUCACGUUGCUGUUAAACAACAUCAAGAAGAGAGAAGAUUUUGAGUUGUUCUCAAACUAGCUAGUUCUUAGAUUAGGCAACGUUAAUGGUUGUUAUCAUUCGGGGCAACGAUCUAUGAAAUAACUUUUGAUGAGAACAAACCUGUUCAAACUGAAUUCAUCAUAUUCAUAUACAGAGCGAGUUAAUAAUUAUUCGUUUCAUUUAGAUGUCUUUAGGAAAAAGAAUAUUUUGUUUAGUUUGUAAUAUGAUAUAUGAAAAACAAAUUAAUAAGAACAAAAAUAAUAGUAUAUAUUUGAUAUGGUAAUUCCAGAGAAAUUGAUAUAAAUGAAAAGAAUUUGGAUAUUUCUCAUUUCACGUUAAAUUCUUUUAUUUCAAUGAUAUACGUAUCGUAAUUCCUAUGACAAAUUUUUAAUUUCAUCCUGAAGAUAGUGAAUGAAAAAGUAUUGUCUCGACUUGUAUACCUUUUUAUACACAUUUUACAAUUGAUUCAAUUAGGUCACGAGAGAACACGAGAUUUUUAACGAAUUUUUUAUAUACUUUUUGGAAUUUACGAACCCUGGAAUAUUUUUUGAAGCACUCAACGGCAAUUGUACGCGUAUAAAUAUAUUAAUAAAUAUAUUCGUAUAAUAAAUAAUAUGUAUAAAAUAAAAUGAAAGAGAGAGAAAGAGAGAAACAGAAUGGCGUUUCUCGGUACUCGGUACAGUCGAUGAGGACGAUUUAACAAUUCCGAAGGUAAUUACCCCUGAACGAGCGCGCGGGCUUUUAACUUGAGUAAAAGUGAAAACGUAGUGGAAUACGCGAAGGUAGGUACACUUGUAUGUACGAGAUGUGUAAGAGAAUUUACAUGCGAGAAAUAAUUCGUCUGGGAUAUCCGUGCGACGACAUUACGUUUAACAUUCUUCUUUUUCUAUUUUUUCUUUUUUCUUCACAUACCUCGCUAUUGUUCGUUGAAAUAGAAUACGUUUACGAAAUACAUGCAUACAUACGUACGUAUAUAUAUGUAUAUAUAUGUGUAUAUAUGUAUGCAAAAUACUCCUCGCAUAAAGACUGUGAAAAAUACUUGAAUUGAAUUUUUCUGUGACAUUUGGAUGAAAUAAAAAAGGAAAGAAAAUGAAAAGGAAAAGUUAAUAAAAAAGGGAAAAAAGGACAUGGAAAAAAUGUAAAACGUAUUCACCCAUAUUGUAAUAGAUAUAAGCAUAUAUAUACACACACGCAUGCAUAGAUAUACGGAGCCUUAAAGUCCAGUAACACAUUUCGUGCGAAAAUAAUACGCUUUUACGAACGCAAUCGGUUUUUACAAUCGACAGAGACGUUGCGUCUGUAGCACAACGCUCAUUAGAUUCGCUUCCCGUUCGUUUUCCAAGCCCGAGCUUAAUAUCCAUCGUCUCUAACACGGCAUACAAGUUUGUACGCGUAUUUAGCGCGUAAUUUAUAUAAGAAGAGAGGCACGCUUGGUUCCACCCCAAAGCACUUCGAUUCAAUGGCGUCAGCAUCGUCGUCGUUAAUAUUGCAAGAACUUAAGAAACCUCUGAUCCUUUCUACUCUACGAUUAGACGAGUCUUCAAAGUCGCCGCGAUCGGAGGAAAUGAAAAAGUUGUUAAUGAAACACUUAAAAGAACGAGUUUCGUUUGGCUCGUCGCAUUCAAAAUCGAAAUCUUCAUUCCAUCAUCUUUAUGCACGGUAAUUAAACUCGUGGUUUAAUUAAAAACGUAUACGCCACUGUGCGCACGAAGCAAUUGUUGCGGAGCAAGGAACCUCCAACUUAGUCAGUGUUGCAUCGAACAUCCUCGAGUUCGGAUGCAACUCGAUAUUUUUCUUCGACGAAGAGUAUGGAUUUACGUGAUGUUUUGUUUUUGUUUCUUCAACGAUCCAAAAUCCUUUCGCAUCGUGCAAAUCCCGACGUACCUUUAAAAAAACAAUACUACUACCUUCAAGACUACCUGAUUACAUUCGAACGACGUUUCGAGACAUGGAACCGUUAACGAAUUCUACGUGAGCAGCAGGAAUUUUUCGAGCUUGACUAACCCAAUAAACUCGAUAGAAGCCUCGUCCGUGACCUCCUAACUUCCUUAAGCCGAAACUUAGCAUGCGCCGCGCCGAGUGUCGAUAAACUGAAAAAAGCAACAGAAAAGAAAAAGAAACAAAAUAUAUCACGUCGUCGAACGAGGAUACCGACUCGAUUCUCUUCGAAUCUUCGUGAGGAUUUACGGUGAGGAAAGGAACCGAGAGGAAAGAGGAAACUAUAUAAGCGUAUCACAUGCGAGCUGGACACGCGGAAGGAACGCUAACGAGUCGGCAAGGAGGUCGAGUCCACGAACUUGUCAUGGAGUACCAGAAAUAUGUCGAUAUUUAAGUGGAACUAAAACUGGUAUCGGUGCCUCCGACCGCUAGUUGCUGACAUUUGUUUGAACUUUCAUAUACCUAUCUACGCCGGAGCAAAGGAUAACUCGCAAGCGAGGCUUCGCGAAAGCGGUACUCUAAGCACCUCGGUGUAUUUGCAAGGAUGCAUCGUUAAAUGCAACGAUAUGGGUUAAACGAGAUUUGAUACAGGCAGAGUGGUUCGUUUCUUCGCAAUUAGAACGUCGAACCAGUUUGUACUAGACGAGUUAAUGAGUGAACAUGUGAAUUUCACGAAUAACAGCUGCGAAGGAAAAGACGAGUUAAUAUGAUCGAUUAUCGAGUUCCAUUGUGAAACGAUACGAGAAAGUCGAAUUCUCGAGAAGCCACGUCCGAUGGGACUUCGAUAGGAAGGGGAGAAUUUCCAUCAUCAGAGAUUUCUCCAUUCUCGACGAUGAGUUCAGCGACGUGCAUACGUGUAUGCUCGCGCAUGGUAGCUCGAUGACCUUGAAAGGUACGAACUGUGACCAACAGUGCUUUCUCGCGUGGGUGAGACGAGAAUCGAUGGAUUUUCCAAGAGAUACAGAGACAGAGUGGAUCGAUCGUCGGGAUGAACAGAACGUCGAGUUGUGCUAGCAGCACGAAGAAAGUCGCUUCUUCCAGGACACAGAAAACUAUAACGACAACGACGACGACAACGAAAACGACAAGGACAACGACAACGACGACGUCCUCCUCCUCCUCUUUGUCGUCAUCGCGAAAUGCACGCUCGGAGGCUUUCUACGCGAGCGUGAAACCGUUAUCCGCUCGACGUGCGUUGCAUAAUUCUGCCGGCCCAGACCCAGAUGCGAAUUCCGCUCCAAAUUCUUACGGAACGGCGGAACGAACGAGCAGGGGAUAUCAGACUUCCGGUCGUCCUAAGAACCACGGAGUAACAACAGGGACAGGGGUUAAUAAAAGCGAUAACGGUAAAAACUCAACGACAAGUAGAUCGAUCGUACGGGAGUCCCUAGUUCCGUACGUGCCAACGAUAUCGAGAAAAGAGAUCCUCAAGAAAAGCUGCACGAAAAACGAUGAUAUAUCCAGCGGUGCGAGAUUCACUGACAGCCUUCGGCGACAUUGUUGGAUACGUUCGACGAUCGAGAUCGACGAUGAAGGUGCUAGACCAAAGACUCUUCCUUCGAUGGGAAGAAGACUACGAGCCGAGAGAGACUUCAAACAGGUCUCCAGACGAGAUAUCCUUCGAAGGAGAGACAGUGUCGACGUUGUUACGCUUCGAGCGACCUCCCACGGAGGUUCAACUCGGUUCACUGGAAAGAAUAUCUAUGGGAAAGAGUGUCUCGAGGUAAAAGGUAACACGUUUGGAUCCAACUCGAGUACGUCGACGAGCGUUUCGAAUGACACCAGGUCAAGAGCAGCACGAUCAGCCGGCUCUCUGCAACGUCCUAGGUGGAACAAAGACGAAGAAGAAGAACGUGAUUCUAAAUCCCCGUCUGGUUCUGAUCUCUUGACAAUUAGCGCCACGCUUCGGGACAUUAACCGCGGCCUUGUACCGAGACCGUCGACCUUGCCCAAGAUCGUACACGGUUCGAGAUCCUCCCGUAGUGGCAACGAAGAUUGGUGCUAUUUCAGAUCAGAUCCCGUGAAGAAAGAGCCACCGGUUUAUGGUAGGAUACGAAGAAGAAAAACGUCCUUACCUGUUGCAACUUCUUUUGAGGACUCCUCAAAUUCUAAUACUCUAUCCAGGUACACGAAAGCUCGUAAAAAUUCACAAGGUUCUCGAUCAAACACUCUGGAAACGUACUCUCUCGUUGGAAAAAUCAACAGACGUCUAAGAAAUCAUCCUCUUCCUGACGGUUUUACUUAUCGCGCUAAAUCGGACUCGAAUCUCGCCGAAAUUACUAUGAAGAAUGUGGAUAUGAAAAAGAAUGCGAUUUACGCGAAGGUAUCUCGAAAAACCGGCAUAUCUCGCGACGUUGAAAAGAUCGAACCGGAAACUAAUGUUCAUCAAACGAUGUCCAGGAGAAGGAUUAUUCAAAACGCGGUACAGUCUGAAUCUUUGGAUAGAAGAAAAAUAUCUCGCGCGAAGGACGAUCGGAAUUUUGUUCGAACGAAUUCGGAAAAGAUUUACGUUCGCUCGAAUUUAAGUUCGAACGAUCGUUCUGACGAAUUUUCGAGAUACGAUGAUUUAACCGGUCAAGAACGACAGGAUAUUUGUAGAACAUCGAGAAUCGAUUCUAUAAACGAUUAUCAUCAAUCGGACAAUUCCUUUUGGCAUAAAACGCACGAUGGUAGAUACAGAUCGAAGUCUCAGACCAGGUUGAUAGAAAUUCGUAACUCCAAUCGUGAAAAUCUUCCUUCGGUCGCAUCAACGACGAUCAACAGAUUGUCGAGUACACUUCCCAGUUACGCGAAAACAUCGAGAAAGUUUUCCACUUCCAGCGUGUCCGUUCGCGCGGCUCGUACCGAGCCGCAAAAUUUCGACGAUCGGAAACGAUUAUCGAGAGAAACUGGAACGUUGUCGAAGUUAACGAAGGAGAGAUCGAAUUGCCUGAAGAAAUCAGCCGGCAUGGUUGCUGCUGCUGCUGCUGUUGCUGUUGCUGCUACUCACGCGAGGAAUCGUAGCGAAACCGAUACCAUAGCCCGUUCUAAGUCGUCUCCUGUCACGACGAGUUCCUCGAUUUUUGGAUUCUGUACAGGAAAGAGAAGAGUUCACGCAAGCGAGACGAAUAAAGAGAAAACUGUGAACGUUGAAUUUUCCUAUCCGCGGUGGCACUUAAAAACGGUGCUUCAUAUUUAUCAAAAGAAAUACAAAUGUAUUGUUUUUUGGAGUUUUUCGCGAUUAUUAUGUACUCUGUUAAAAUUUUUUAAACGUUGUUUCGUAAAAUGUUCUCUACAACAAGCGAAACGUUAACUUUUAAAGAAAAAAGAAAUCAAUUUUAAGAAAAUUAAUUGAUUUUCACGAGGUUUUACUUUGACAAUAAUUUUCUUAAAAUUGCCUCUUUGUCAAAGAAUCCAAGAAACAUUUUCUCAGUAAGAUAAUUGAAAUUUCGUCAUUGACACCAAACGUUUCUGUUAUAAAACUCGUUUUUUUUU